UCCAUCAAGUCUUCCUUCAAAAACUCAUCACAGACCGUUGGAAAAAUUCAAAGUUCUCUAGGAAAUUUAUUUAGUUUCUUGAUUUUGGCCCCUAAGGACGAUGAUAGGCAGGAAGUCCAAAUUGUUACAGUCACUGGAAGAAUCAGUGAUGCCGAUCGACCAGGAGGACACCGUUCGAAUGAUCGCCGAGCACAUCCGCCAGCCCCUGAUGGAUCCCUUCGAGCAAAGCCGGCUUCUGGCCAGCAGCAAGGAUGAGAAUCUCAGUGUCCUGCAUCUGGCGGACGCCAUCAAGUUCAGGGACACCAUGAAGAGCUUCAAGAUAUCGCCCACUGCCGAGGCCCUCGACGAAGUGAUGCCCGUCAAGAACAAGGACCUUGACGAGAUGCUGGAAUUGUUGAUCGAUGAUGAGGACGAGGACGAGGACGACGAAGAGGAGGAGGAUGACGAAGAUGAAGAUGAAGAUACUGAGGGGGUUGGUGACGAUGACGUGGAGGACCAAGAUGAUAGGGCAGAGGUCACGAAAGAACCCCAUAUCCUCAGGAAGUGGUUGGAUCGGUUUAAAAUGUCAUAGUAAAGGAUAUCUAGGAAGUGUAGUUUCUUGAACAGCUAUUUUAUAUCGCGUCCAAGUAAAUGGUGGCAAUGAUCAAGAAUAUCUUUAGGCUUUAAAAUAAACUGAGCUUUAACUUAGUGACCUCCA